UCACCGAGCUGACAGCAGGGAGAACACGCCAAAACCACCCGUGAAAAGAGCGAGGGACGUGGAGUGAAGCAGCCAGGGCGCCCGAACCAAAACACAACCAUCUCCAGGGGGAUGGCAGUGCCGUACGAGGGUCAGUCUUUCUCUGCUCUGAGGAGGCAGUGCCAGCAUAAAGGAACUCUGUUUGAAGACCCUCUGUUCCCUGCCUCCGACCAGUCUCUGUUCUACCAGCGAAAUCAAAUUGGGCGAGUCACCUGGAAAAGGCCAAAUGAGUUGACCAGCGACCCCCAUCUGUUUGUGGACGGCAUCAGCGCUCAUGACCUGCACCAAGGUCAGCUGGGAAACUGCUGGUUCGUAGCCGCCUGCUCCAGUCUGGCCUCCAGAGAAGCUCUAUGGCAGAAGGUGAUUCCUGACUGGAAGGAUCAGGAGUGGGACAAAGACAAACCGAACUCCUACGCCGGGAUCUUCCACUUCCGCUUCUGGCGGUUUGGAGAGUGGGUGGACGUAGUGAUCGAUGACCGGCUCCCCACGGUGAAUGGACAGUUGGUGUACUGCCACUCCAACGACAGCAACGAGUUCUGGAGCGCACUGGUGGAGAAGGCCUACGCCAAGAUGUACGGGUGCUACGAAGCUCUGGAUGGGGGCAACACGGCCGACGCUCUUGUGGAUUUCACGGGAGGCGUGUCCGAGCCGAUGGAUUUGAUAGAGAACGGGUACAAACAAGACGAAGAGAAGCAGCACGAGCUGUUCGAGAGAGUCCUGAAGGUUCACAACAGAGGAGGCCUCAUCAGCUGCUCGAUCCGGGCGACCACUCAAGCGGACAUGGAGGCCAGGCUGGACUGCGGCCUGGUCAAGGGCCACGCCUACGCCGUGACGGACGUCCGCAAGGUGAGGCUGGGCCACGGCCUGCUGGCCUACUUCAGGUCAGACAAACUCAACAUGAUCCGCAUGAGGAACCCCUGGGGGAAGAGAGAGUGGAACGGGCCAUGGAGCGACAGCUCUGAAGAGUGGCAGAAGGUCAGUAAGAGUGAGCGGGAGAAGAUGGGCGUCACUGUGGAGGACGAUGGAGAGUUCUGGAUGACAUUUGAUGACUUCAUCGCCAACUUCACAGACCUCAUCCUGUGCCGUCUCAUCAACACAUCGUACCUGAGUUUACACAAGACCUGGGAGGAGGCGGUGAUGCGGGGCUCCUGGCACCGCCACGACGACCCGCUGCUCAACCGAGCUGGGGGCUGCACCAACAACAAGCACUCCUUCCUCCAGAACCCGCAGUACGUGUUUGACGUGAAGAAGCCGGAGGAUGAGGUGCUGAUCUGUCUGCAGCAGAAGGAUCGCAGGGCCACUCUGAGAGGGGGGCGAGGAGAAAACCUGGCGAUCGGCUUCGACAUACACAAGGUGGAGUUAAACAGGACGUACCGAAUGCACGUGACCCAGCAGAAGGUUGGCGGCAGCAUCUACAUCAACUCGAGGUCUGUCUUCCUGCGCAUCGACCUCAAAGAGGGCCGCUACGUCAUCAUACCCACGACCUUCGACCCCGGCCUGGAGGGAGACUUCCUGCUCCGCGUCUUCACCGAUGUCACCUCAGACUGCAAGGAGCUGACUGUGGACGAGCCCCGGAAGACCUGCUGGUCGGGGAUGUGUGGCUAUCCCUCUCUGGUCACUCAGGUCCACAUACUGCAGGCCGACGGACUCGCUGCACAGGACUCAGACGGAGCAUCGGAUCCUUACGUGAUCAUUCGCUGCGAAGGACAGAAGGUCUGCUCGCCGGUCUAUAAAAACACGUGCAGUCCCGUCUUCGACACCAAGGGGCUCUUCUACAGGAAGAAAGCCAACCAGCCAAUCAGCAUCGAGAUCUACAACAACAACGUGCUGAAGGACUCCUUCCUGGGUCAGGUGACGCUGCCCGCCGAACAGGGAGAAAUAAAGAAAACGUUCCACCUGAAGGACAAGGGCGAUCGCCGUGACAACGACCUCUCUGGUACCAUCACUGUUGCGAUAUUGACGAGCUCGAUACUCACCGGUAUCUAAGAUUUGGAGCCGGGAAACAUUUCUGAAGUUCCACAACGCCCGGAAAUGUCUCACAGAGCACCUACGCUGGGUGUAUCCAUAGACUGUAAGUAAAAGAUGGAUGCAGCUAACGAAAUGAUAUUUCUCAGCAGCAUGAUCUCAUCUACUCAGCCUGCAUUUUUGUAGUCCAUUUUAAGGAUGUUGUAGUCCUUGAAACAGGCAGCAGAGAAAAAUCGAAUUCCUUUGAAUCCUCCACAUCUUUCCUUCUUUUGCCUCCUUCAUGAAAAAACCACAGGAGGGAAUUUUUGGAAUCUAACAGUGGCCAAAAGUGUUUUGAAAAAAUCAAAAUACCCACUUCAAAAAGUUUCAACUCGAGGCUUCAGAAACCGGUCACGGCAAAUCAAUGGAUAACAUGGCUGUGGCUGCUGCCAUCUUUCUUAUACAGUCUAUGGAAUAUCCUUAAAACGUCAACGAAUUUGAUUGUAAAAAUUUGUUUACACUUUCACAGGUUUUUUUUCCCCCCAGAUUUAACUUUCUGUCAGCAGCUUCUCUAUGUCAGUUUUUAUUAGACAGUUUAAUGUGUUUUAUCUUUAAUUUUCACGUGUUCAUUCCUGACGGCCGAGGUGAACUCUGGUCGCGUGCUCUCGCUCGUUAUGAAGCUAAUACUGUUUACAGGUCACCCUCACAGACGGCUCUGUGUUUGUUAUUCAUGUCAGAAACAUGCCAAAGAUUUUAAAAUCUGCCACUUCAUUAUUUGUACCAGACAGGAGACAUGUUCAGACGUGUGAUGCCUACACCUGCGGCAGGUUUGUGCCGCCUGCUGUCAUCUCUUUGUAAAACUGUCUCAGAGUCACUUUAAUCUUAGUUAAAUAUAAUAAAGAUUUUUUGUCAUGUUUUAUAA